AUGGACGAGAUACAUGACCUAAAGGCCGAUCGUCGCCGUCGUCGACCGGCUCUUUCAUGUGUUAGCUGCCGGAGAUCUAAGAUUCGUUGUGAUCGCAAACUGCCUUGCGGCGCCUGUGUGAGGUCUAAGCACAAGACCUGUGUCUAUAAACCUCAAGACCCAUCACGGCGUUCGGAUAUACUCCCUGGCGCAGUCGGUCUCUCCCAACCGGCCGAUACGCCGCCAAGUCUCAACCCCGAAACCACCGUCUCCCCCGUCGUGAGUGGGUCAACUUAUGCGCAUCACAACGAUGCGUCACAUCAAGACCAUUCGACUCAUUCCUUGACCGGAUCGACGCCUGUUGAUUCGACGUCUUCUCACGGCCACGAAUCAUCUUUUAACGUUAGGUCAUUGCUAGACAGAAUCACCGACCUUGAGCGCCGCCUAGAGGAGUCUACGGGACACCGUUCAAGCCCGAAGAACGUCAAACGAACCUCCGCUACUGUCCCAGAGACUGUGGCUACUUAUCCUAGCUACCUUGCGGGAGAUUUGCACACCAUGAACAAAAGCGUUAUGACCAAGACAAGGUACUUGGGCCAAAGUCACUGGAUGAACCAAAUUGGAGGUUUUAAACCCGUCUUGGAAUUAUUUGACCAGAUUUCUCGAGAGAAGAAAUCCGAAGCAAUAUCACUCGUAAACAAAAGCAAAACGCUAGCUCGCACCAUUAAGGCACAACGAGUGCCCGAUCUAUUAAAUUUCAAAUUCGGCACUAAUAUACCGGCCCGAGAGACCACCGAUGAGCUCGUAGAGGGUUACCUCCGAACCGUGGAAUCUGUCUUUCGAAUAUUACAUGUACCCUCGUUUAGAAAAGAGUACGAGGAGUUCUGGUCGUCGCCAGAUUCGGUUGAUGUCUCCUUCAAAAUCCAACUCCAGCUUGUCAUGGCAAUCGGUAGUAUUGUGUAUGACGCACGUUUUACUUUACGAAAAUCGGCUAUUCAAUGGGUCUACGAAGCACAAUUCUGGCUCAUGUCCCCAAUCCCGAAAGCAAGGUUGACCAUCUCCGGCCUACAGACCAUGCUGCUUCUCUGCUUCGCACAGCAGGCUGCGUCCGUUGGUCACGACUUGGUCUGGAUCUCAGUCGGGGAUGUGAUGCGCUCAGCGAUGUACAUGGGCCUUCACAGGGAUCCGAAGAAACUCCCCAAGAUGAACCUAUUUCGUUCGGAGAUGCGUCGCCGAUUAUGGAACACUAUCCUGGAACUCGCCUUACAGACUAGUAUGGAUUCCGGCGGUCCGCCCCUAAUCAAUUUCCAAGACUACGAUACUUGUGCUCCAGCGAAUUGUAACGAUGACCAAUUAACAGAUGACGAUGCAGCAGUUGCCACUAACACACCAGAACAAUUCACGGACACAUCUGCAGCUUUAGCCCUACGCGUUACCUUCUCGGCGCGACUGGCUGUCGCGCGGUCUCUCAAUGAAUUCGAUUCCCAGCAUACGUACGAAGACGCUCUUCGGCUCCAUGGCCAACUUAGCACCGCAUAUAAGUCGCUUUCCCAAUAUCUUCAAAAAUUCGCGUUCAGCGCCCGACAACCGACGGAUCUCCAACGACGCUUUAUAGAUGUUCUCAUCCGCCGAUACCUCAUGGCUUUGCAUCUUCCAUACUUUGCUCCUUCCAUGACUGAGCCGGCUUACGCGUUUUCGAGGAAGACAGUGGUCGAGACGUCGGCCAAGAUCUGGUCGACCGUUUUCCCAACGGCUGCCCUGAACCCCCGACCUUUCCCAUGUCCGGCAAAUGAACUAGAAGCAUUAUCAGCCGAUGUAGACGACUUGGCGCGAAUGACAAGUUGCGCGAGCGGCCUCUUUCGUUGCAUCCUCUCCCAAGUGUCUAUGGCCAUUGGCCUCGAGCUGAAGAGCCAGCUGCAAGAAGAUGACGGACUUGGGCCACCAACUCCACGAAUGGAUUUAUUUAACAUCCUACGUGACUCUGCGUUCUGGAUCUUUGAUCGCAUUAGGAUUGGAGAAACUAAUAUUAAAGGAUACAUGUUCACUGCGGCCUUGGUAGCACAGGUUGAGGCGUUGAUGAACGGUCUAAAAGAGCCGGACGUUACGAACGCUGUUAUCAAAUCAGGUACCGAAGCCAUACGCGAAGCUUUUAACGUACUCAAGCAACGGAUAGAGGUGGAAGGCGAUGAGGCUGCUAACGCCAAUACCAACGAAGCACAGUUCAACUUUGAUACCGUGAUGGCGAUGGAAGAAGACUGGGAAUAUGAUGACUCGAUGCAAAAUGUUCUCUUCGACUUCACGAGUAUUGAAUCCGUGCUAGGGGUAGGCCCAGGCACUGAGAUAAUGACGCCACCCGACUUUUCGCAAUGGUCUUGA